AUGGCUACAGCACGGCAAAGGUUCAAGCUCUCCAUCUUUCCAGCCGUUGGACCAAUAUAUGCGGCGGCGCCAACCCAAAAGGUCAUAAUACCAACGCCACUAUCAAUGGAUGUCGCCGGACGAGGUCCUUCACCGCCAGCAUAUCAGAAAAAGCUCUCACACAAAAGGAAUGCAGAAAUCUGCCCUCCCAAUUGUUCUUGCACUAUCGACACUGAGGUUUCCGUAUUCGAGGAGCUCUCCAGAGCAAAGAAACCAAAUGUCUCCGACAAAAUCACAAGGGCGGUGGGGUCUAGCUCAGUCUUCUUUUUCAUGGUCGGCAUAAUCACGAUUUGGGUGAUUCUCGGUAUUGUUUACGGACUGAACGACACAUGGCAAAUCAUCAUGCAAAAUGCUUCAUCCAUCCAGGUCUAUAUCACCGACAUCCUCCUGAUUCGACAACAACAAAACGGAGCAUGGAGUUUGAUGACCACGCUCGCUGAAGUGCAAUCUCGGAAUCAAACCUGCGAGCAUUUAAUCCGCCAAAUCUCAGAAUGCCAAUAGAUGGAAACCCACAAGGAAGAACCCAAAGUCCUUUUGCUUAACGGUCGGUCAAUUGAUGACGAGAUCCAGGAGACUUUAUACAUGGUCCAGGGCCGACCAACUCGCUUCCAGUAUGUUUGGCAGAGAACUUGCCACUUCAUGGCUAAUGCUCUGGGUUCCCUGUAUGCCUAUGUCAUUUACUGGGUUGGAGUCUUGAUUUGGGGUGGCAUUGGAAAGAUUUACGACUUCUCAGAUACCUGGCAACUAUACAUCAACACAGCCGUCGCCGUGGCUCUAAUAUUCAAAUCCGUCUUCCUUCAAAACAUUCAACAACAAGAAGAUAGAUUAGAAAAAUGUCUCUAAUACGCCUUGAAGAUCGACGCUGAAGUUGAAGAGCGUCUCCGCGAGCUGACCAAAGACGGAAAACCCAACCCAAUCUUCGAAAUCCUACCUCGGUCUCGCGUACGCACCGAACGAUGGAUCGAUUACUUCGCCGACAUCAUGGGUUCAGGAAUCGGCGUAGGGUUCUCACUUGUCGUUCUCAUCGUCUGGAUCGCCAUCGGUCACUUGCUCGAGUACGGCGACGGUUGGUUCCUGAUCAUCGGUACCUUCACCGGUCUCGUGGGCUUCAUCGAUGGAUUCAUGCUUCGAAAUCUUUACACACGUGAAGAGGAAGAUGUUAAUAAGCAAUUCGUCUCAAUCCGAGAGGUUGAUCAAAAACUCCUCUAUUUGCUGAAUGUUCCUACAACCACCGUUAUACACGGAAAGCGUUCGCUUGCUGCUGGUAUCAGUAUUGCAACAGGUGACAUGCUUGGUCAUCGCAUGUCGACCGUUGGUGGUGUCGGGAUGGUUGUUUUUCUCCUCAUCAUUGCUUCUGUAAUGAAGUGGUCUACGACUGGUCAAUUGUUUGCAAUACACCUACCAUGA